UGACAUCACAGCACAUGUCUGACAUGGAGGAAAUUUUGAAUUUCUUCACCCACUUGGAGAAAAAAACUCAAGAUGCCGCGGAAGUCAACGGCAGAAAGGUCUCAGUCCUAUAGGGACAGACUAAAAGAGGACCCUGUCAAAUAUGAAGAGCGAUUGAAGAGAGACAGGGAGAGAUACAUGAGGAAAAAAGAAAGAGGGGUUGUAAAGCCAAUUGCAGAUUUGUCAAAGCGAGAACAACGCAAAAGAAGGAGACAAUAGAGAACCAAUCAAAGAAAUUAUCGGGAGAAAAUGAACAAAGCUCUUAAGGUACAGGCCUACCUUUCUACCACUACACCACCAAACUCUCCAGAUUCUGUGCAGCUAGAACAUGAUGUUGAUCCACCUUCCACACCACCCUCACCAACCUCACCAUCACCCUCUGCUCAACGUUUAAGUCAAAAACAAAGGGGAAGGAAAAAGGUUCUAAGAAACCGUUCAAAAGUUUAUGCAGCAUUGCAUGAAAGCCAUGUUAAGCUUGGGAAGGCUCUGCAGAAGGCAGAGAGGUACCGUAAACGGUAUGACCGAUUAAUGAAGAAAGUGAAGCAGGCUGACUCCCCAAACUCCAAGUCAAAAAAGCAGAUGGCAACACCACCACACACUCUAAGAAGAACUUUUUCCAUAAUGCUCUUCUUGCCUAGCUGAGAGACAGAUAUGAAAAUCUGUCCCCCGAGAGAGAAAAACAACUUAUUUCGAAGAUAAUGGCAGGAAAGAUCCUCAAGAUGUAUCGCUUACUGAAAAUGGCUAGAACAGAAUUUGGCUUCACCUUUGGCCUACACCUGGAAGGAUGUAAAGUUCUUAUGCUCAAUCAGCUCUUCUUUUCGCCACGAUCCCUCAGCAAUAUGGGCACAUCUAACCCACGUGCUAACUUACUUGAGAGAACAACAUCCCACUGCCACCACACUUCAUGUGGUCAGUGAUGGACCAACGACGCAAUACCGCUCAAAAAAAAACUUUUCCCUCCUCACCAAUGUUCCUUACCAAAUGGGUUGGAAAAGGGUGACCUGGAAUUUCUUAGAGGCUGGCCACGGCAAAGGCCCAGCUGAUGGGAUUGGAGCGGCGGUGAAGAGAAGAGCGGAUGAUCUUAUUGCAAGAGGGAAGGACAUUCCAGAUGCACGAGUACUGCUUGAGGAGCUUAAGCAGCAAAAGUCUGCCACAGAGCUGUUCUAUAUUGAGCCAGAUGCCGUUGAGGCAAUGGAUGUUCACGUUCCAUCUGAAUUACAGACAAUUCGUGGCACGAUGAAAAUUCAUCAGAUCACCUCUCAUUCUCCAAGCCAGAUGUCAUGGAGGAUUCUUAGUUGUUUUUGCUCUGCACCCAACGAUUGCAACUGUUUCACACCAGAAACGGUCAGGUUUCAGCCAUGGGAUGAAGCUACCCCCACAACCAGUACACUUCCUGUCACAUCCCAAGAUGGAGGUCUGCAACCAAUUUUGGACUUGCAUGAUGGUCUUAUCGGUCAGUGGUGUGCAGUGGUGUAUGAUGGAGAUGUGUACCCAGGUAUUAUUCAGAAUGUUGAGUUAUACAGUGGUGCUCAAGUGAAAACAAUGACCGGUAUUGGGAUCAAUCGCUUUUAUUGGCCACUGAGAGAUGAUGUCAUCUGGUACCAACCGAUGGAUAUAAUAGGCCUCAUCCCUGAGCCCGUACCAGUGACAAAACGGCACAAGGAGAUUAAGACGGAAGUUUGGAAAGAAAUCUGCAAGAUUUGGCCUUGAAUCACAUUGCCACCCUCUCUCUCUCUCUCUCUCUCACACACACUACCUCACUUUCAUGCACAUUAUCUCUCACACACAUACCGUCUGGUCACCAUAAUUGCCCUCUGGUCAAACCUACAUGCUUACUUCUCUCUCAAUCUCUCUCUCUCUCUCUCAUGCACGCACAGCCCUUGAUGCUUUACAGUUCAUGUUAUAUAAUAAUUGAUAUAUAGUUUAAGGUGUCUUUUAAAUGUUUUCUUCAGAACAGUGUUCAUCUAAGAGACUGAUUAGAAUUUUACAACACCAAACUCACUCACACACAGCGUGUGCAUGCUCUAGAUGCUUUAUAGUUCAUGUUACAAUGCAUUGACAUGACUAAAGUUUAGGUGUUUUAAGUAUUCCAAAAUUCAAAACAGUGUUCAUCUAACCAAUUGGAAUGUUACAAUUUUACAAUUUGCAUUUAUGCGGAACUUAAAUUUUUUCAUGUGAUGUGGUUAAAGUUGUUUACAGUAAGACUAACCGUUCAUCUGGUUAUGGAACCAAACAGACUAAUGACUAAUGAUUUGUUAAAUGGAAUUGUCUGCUUCAGAACGUUUCAAAUAAAUGUCUUCUGGUUUUCUA